GGGCGGGGCUGCCCCGCCGGCAGCCCCGCGCCGACAAAUCUGCCGGCAGCCUCCCGGGGCGGCAGCAAGCAGGCGCUGACGCAUUGGCCGGAGAUUAUAUUUGGCCGUGGCCACGCCGGGCGGGUAUCGAUCCCUCGACGAGCGGGGCGCUGAUGGACAGGUGUGCCGCGCGGCGGGGCGGGGCAGCAGGCAGCAGUGGCGGCAAGCAGCAGCGGUAGCAGCAGGCAGCAGGGCCGUGCGCGCCGCCGCUAACUUUAGCCGCCACCAACCAGCGAGAUGUGCAACUCAUUGCAAGUUGAUGCUGUGGGGUUGCCGCCGCUCGCCGGGGACGCGAUGCGUGCGGGCGUCGGAGAAAGCCGGGUCACGCAGGCUGGACCCCUUCCCUGAUCGGGUCAAGUCCGACACGGCCAAGAAGAAACCCCCGCCGCCGAAGAUCAACAACAACAAGGCGGGCGGAAGCCAGUCAAGCUCCGAGCAAGGCUACAUCUGUGAUAGCGAGAGCGAAGGAGAUACAAAGGUCUCUGACGCGGAGUCCGACCUCUUCCGGGCAUCAAGUAAAGGAUCUGUUGAGAGUCGCCUUGGAGAGAGCACAGCGUCAGUGCUGACCAGCCUCAGCAGCAUCACAGACCCACCCAAGCCACUCACAGUCAAGACUGAGCGCCCACACCACCCCAACUACAGCAACGGUCCAGUGGAGGUUGGCCACUACCCUGCCAACUUCCCUCCUCUGAACACUGGUGCCGUCACCUCCAGCCAGCCACCUCCUGCAGCCACUGCUGGGGACCACAAGCCCGCCUUCCUGCCCACUCAUCAGCCACACAUUCCACAAACCCCGAUACAACACUCCCCGUCCCUCACCUCACCACAUUCUCACCCACACCACAUACCCCACACACCGCCUGUCACAUCCACCUCCACGCCCACACCCACCACUCACACCCCUCACACGCCUCACACACCCACGCUACACCCCCCCACACACCAUACGCAGUCACUCAAUACUCCAGUCCUCCAUACGUCAGCUCAUCAUUCGCCAGCAGCUCAUCACACGCCAUCAGUUCACACUCCUCACACACCACACACACCACAUACGCCCAUCCCCAUACCCACAGCCACCCCCCCUCAGGCACCACCAAGACCAGCACCCCACAUACCACAUUCACCAUCAUCACAAUAUCUUUCUCAGCCUGUAGCCUCAUCCACCACCACCACCACCACUACUACUACUACUACUACAACCACCACCACAACCACCGCUACCGCCACAGUAACCACAGCCACUACCACACCAAGCAGCAUUACACACAACCAUGUGGGAAACGGCAAUCGAGUGAGCAAUGGGCCAGUGGGCGGUGGGGGUGGGGGUGGUCCGGGGGUGGGCACACCGGUGAACAAGUACAGUGUGAGUGCCUUGGUGUCUCCCACGCCACCGCAGCACAACCACUACAACAAUAUAAAGCCAAGUCCAGUUGCAUCACCUCGUAAUCACGUUCGAUCUCCUCAUCCAUCUCCACUCGGUGCUACGCCCAGCGCUGCUACAGUCAAGCCUCCUCCCGUCGCCUCCAACCCUCCAGCUGGCCCAGCGGCCGCCCCACCACUCCCGGCUGCUCCAGUCUCAGGGUCAGGCUCGGCCCCAGCAGCACCUAACCUGCCAUUUGGAGUAAAGAUUGAACCUGGUGAAUCAGUGCGACCAAGUCCACUCAGCAAGAACACUCAUCACCCCCCCCACUCUGUGCCAGCGACAGCCACGGUCAAGGUAGAGCCUGGCUACACGCGCUCCACCCCGCCUUCUACGACAAAGGUCUCUGCCCCUCACCUACACCCAACAAGCUUGUCUUCAUCCAGGCAUUCUCCUAGGACUCAGGAUCAUCACAUUUCACCAUAUAGCUCUGCAAGUACAAUUGUUAGCAGUGGAAGUUCUAUAUCAUCAAUACCACGCUCGUGGCCAAACCCCAUCCCAAGUUUAGCCCCAAGCACCUCUAGCCGGUUAUCAUCUUUGAAUCGUCCGCCUCUGGGUCUUCCUACCUUUCCUCUGCCGCAUCCCCCAGUCUCUGCUCCACUGCCGCCAUCGGGCAUGUUCGCACCGCCUGUCCCUCAGUCACAACAACAACUUGCUUCCUCCUCCCUCAUUCCACCCACACAUCUGUCUGCCGACCCCCUUGGUCAGGCAGAUCUCUUGCGUAGAGAACUAGAUUCCCGUUUUUUGGCCCAGCAAGAAAGGUCAUUGGGAAUUGGUCCUGGUGGCUUGGGAGGCCUCGCUGCUCCUCCUGCUUUCCUGCGUGCAGAGAUGCACCACCACCAGCACCAGCACACACAUGUCCAUCAGCAUCUUCUGCCUCACAUGCCACCGCCACCUCCUCUUCCGCCUCCCCCAUCAAGCCUUUUUACUCCUUCAGCAUCUCCAUCAGUGUUCAAAGAGGUUAAAGUGGGCCUGGAAAAUAGCCUGUACCGCCCAGGAGGCAACCUCAGCAGUAGUUAUGGCCCAGGCAUUUCGCCGCUGGUGCAUCCUCCCCCCUCCACAUUUGCUCCCCCUUCACACCUCACUCCUGUUGCCCCCAAGAUUGGCGAAACCAGUCAGCGCAAACCAGUGAAGACGGGUCGUUGGAAUGCAAUGCACGUCCGCAUUGCUUGGGAAAUAUAUUACCACCAACAAAAGCAAACACCAGAAAAACCAAGUGCCAAGCUCGGGGCCCCAGACCUUCUGCGGCCCCCCUCUGGCCCUGGGGUUGGGGCGACUGCUGCUGGAGCGCCAAUAUUCCCCACCCUCCCGCGGCCGCCUGACCUUGGGCCCUCUAUACUUGGUCCAGCAGGACCUUCUCAUCGUUACGAGUCUCCACUUCUGAAUCACCCCCACCUCACCCCAUCAGUGCCUGGCCUCAGCGGAACCAGAUACCCUGGUGGGGCCCCUGGACCGCCACCAUCAGCCGCUGCCGCCGCUGCAGCAGCCUUUCACCAUGGUGGCAUAACUCCAACCUCUAUACCGGGGCCUCCGCCAGGCUCCAUGUUCUCAAGGGAAACCUUACCAGCCGGGUUAACAGUGCCUCAACCAACACCUCAUGAUGCUUGGAGGUUGCGUGCCCCAACGCCCUAUGGAGCCAGUGCCGGGCCCUGGCCCAUCAAGCCUGACAUGGUGAUGUACGAGAGGGAGCGGAGGGAGGAAGAAAGACAGAACAGAGAACGUGAAGAGAGAGAGCGCCGGGAAAGAGAAGAAAGAGAAAAGAGAGAACGAGAAGAAAGGGAAAGAAGAGAACGUGAAGAGAGGAGAGAGAGGGAAGAGAGAGAACGCGAGCGUGAGCGCCGCGCCGAGCUUGAAAAGGAUCGGGCUGCCCGUGCCUUGGAUGCUAGUCAUGACCGAACUAUGCCUAGGAGAGAUAGUUCACGGUCCCCACUUCGCACUGAUCAUAAAGACCAGCCUCCCUCACACCCAUCUUUGUCACUGCCAGGCUCCAACCACCUGCCACCUGGAGUAAUACCUUCCUCCAGUGUCAAAACUGAAGGCCGCCCGGACUCCAGACCGGGAUCCAGGCCCGGCUCCAGGACGCUGGACCACAGAAUCAAGCCAGAGGGUAAGGACGAGGUGAUGAUUGUUGGCGGAAAGGAAGCGCCGCGCCACCUGCCCCCCCACGGCGUGCCACCGCCGUGCUUGCCACCACCGCCUGUGUCUGUGGGGAUGCUGCCGACCCACUCCCUCGCUGCCACCAUGGCAACCACUUCCACCAGCCAGGCUUUCGAUCGGGCUCGCUUAUUAGGGCCUUCAGGAUACCCAGGAGUCCCUCCACACUUAGGAGGACCUUGGGGUGAUCCCUUCAGAGAUCCUUAUCGUUCUGCGCAGGAGAUGUCAGUAAGGGCUCACGACCUGGCGACUCGGGAAGCUCUAUUGAGAGGUGAUCCACUGCGAGACCCACGGAUGAGUCUGGUGGCUCGAGAAGAACAGUUGUUGCACGCCAAUCCACUGUCGUCCCUCAUUCUAAGUGAAAGAUAUAGAGAGCAGCAGCAGCAGCAAGCUAGAGAACUCUUUGAGCACCGCCACCUGGCCGCCACCGGAGGACUUUAUCCCCCGACAUCCUUACUUCCACACCCAGCAGUUUCACAUAUGGCAUCGUCCCUACUAAAGGGAGGACCGACGCUAGGCCCUGGCCCCCCGGGUCCCGGUCUGCACCCUUCUCUGGGCUCCAUGCAUGGACCGUCACACCCAGGGGCGCCGGGCCACCCUCAGCCACCGCCACCCCUGGGGCCCGGCCUGCCUCCACCUCUCAUUCCCUCAAUGCGUGGCGCCUCGCCAGCUCACCCACGGCCACCGGACAAAAAGGAUGACCCACGCUGACUCUAGUCAUCCCUGAGCCUAACAAAACCUCAGGUGGUGUUCAGCAGAGGCUUUAGCUGAAGCUGAAACUCAAGCGACCUGCUGCUGCUGGGAAGCACCUUUGUUGGCGGUGGUGCGGGGCAGGCAGCCCACAAGACUGCAGCACAGCCCCAAGGGCAAGCUGAAGUCAACGUGUCUUUCAUAAUGAUCAGGCUGUGGAUUGUAACACAAGUUUUGUACCAUACUUGUACAGUACGGUGGUCCAGGGCCACAACCUCCAUUGUCCUUUUAUUUAACAUUUUUUGUAGAUAUUAAUUGUUUUCCGAAAGUAUUUUGUAGAGAAAUGAAAUUAAUAUGGACUUGACUGAAAUGAUCUGAUCCAGACUGACACUGACAUUUGUUAAACUGUUUCUAAAUAAAUAAGUUUGUUAA